AUGUCGGCCUCGUUCGACCCGUACGACUGGGCAUCGUUUUACUUCGGCAAGAUGGGACGCGAUGAAGCGGCUCGCCUGCUGUCGGAGACUGGCGUAGCUAUAGGCACUUUCCUUCUGCGUGACAGCUCAAGGCCAGGCGAUUAUUCGUUGAGUGUGAGGGAGUCGGAUGAAGAAAACAAAGUCCGUCAUUAUCUUAUCGAAGAGAAGUUUGGUGAGAAUGGCGUGAAGCAGGUCAAGAUUGCUGAUCACGACUUCAUGGAUAUACCAACGUUGCUAAAUCAUUUCAAGAUACAUAUUCUUGAUAAAACAUCACUCACAAUUCCCUAUCGCAAAGGACAAAUCGAACAGGUGGUUGGUUUGUAUCGUUUCGAAGGAGAACGUGACACGGACCUGCCAUUCGAGGUUGGAGAAACCUUAGAAAUUAUAGGAAAGCCCGAAGAAGGAUGGUGGCAAGCAAGAAACGCUUUAAAUGCUACAGGUUUAGUACCUGCAACCUAUGUGAGACCAAUUGAUGAAAAUGGCGACCGUCAACUGAAAGGUCAUAGUCAGUCGUCGAUAGGUAGUUCCUUGGCCGACGAACGGUUCAGUGGUGUUUCCACAAACAGCGACCCUCUUGAAGACCGGUACGAGCCACCUCUACCAGCCGACGCAAAGGCCAUCUACGAUAGACAACCAAACGCGUAUGAUCGAACUCAGCUCAAACUAAAGGUGCUUAAUUUGAAGUUUCAUGCUGGUUUAUUGACUUUAUUUAGUGCAUUCAAGCGGAAAGGGCAGUCAGUCCGAAUUACGAAGAAGCUCACGAACGGAAUGUACGAGGGCGUGUCGGAUGGACGUGUUGGUAUCGUGCCCUUCACAUAUGUACGCUUUGCUAAAGCAGAAUCAAAUGCAGAAGCCAUGAAGAUAUUCAACUGCUCCGGUCAUAAAGGGUAUGGUGUACGAGCUGUGCGAGAGAUUCCGAAGGGUGCAUUCAUUUGCGAAUACGCUGGCGAAAUUUUGAAUAAAGACGAAGUUGAACGAAGGGCGAUUUCUGCUUAUGAUCAUAACUAUACGUUAACAAUUAAAGAACAUGGAGAAGGAGGUAUUGUGACGACCUUUUUUGAUCCGCGACUGCGUGGCAACCUUGCUCGCUUUAUUAAUCACGCUUGUGAGCCGAAUCUUUCUAUAGUGAUCGUUCGAAUUGGGUAUACUGUUCCGCAUGUGGGGUUGUUUUCAAACAGGUAUGUUGAUAAUCCAAGCAGGAGAAGAGAUAUGUUACGAUUACGGUACCUCGACCUUAUCGUCGGAAAGCGGAAAGCAAUGUCUGUGUGGAUUUCCAUCCUGCAGAAAGUACCUUCCAAUGUCAGCUACCGCUUCAGAAUAAUGGAACUGUCUCUUAAGUUUUACAUAGAAACCAUGGGUCGACAUAAGAAAAUUCCAACGAAGAAUCGCAAGAAGCUGAAAUCGGUCGAUCCGUUCAACAAGAAGGCACCAGCAUUGAAGGCUCUAGCAAUGAGUAAAAUCAAUUGGGAACCUAAAGAUGAUGUACAGCCAGUGCCUCGAUCAUUGCUGGAGUUGCAGAAAAGUAAGGAAGAAGCACUCAUCGGCAAAACGGAGGUGAAGAAACGGAAACAGCGCAAAAACAAAGUCCUGGGUAUCAUCUACUUUACUUCAGCUGAAGCGGAGAAGAUCGGUAUUCGGAAAGGUCGCUUCGAAACUAUCCCACAUUUUGUGCGCCGUGUCGAACGAAUGACUUACGCUGCUGUAAAAGAUCACGAAAUGCUGGUCAAACAAGGCUUGGCUGGACGGGCCGAGUCAGAAAUCGCAGCUGAUUUCAAACUGUUGGAAGAGAAGGAGAAAAGAGCGAAGGAGCAAAAGAAGAAUGAGAUUCAAAAUAAAAUAAAAGCUGCCCGAGAGAAACGAGAACGCGAGGCGAAGAUCAAAGAGGGAAAACUGAAACAGAAGGAGGAGAGAAAGAAUAAGCGAAAGGCAGAAGCUCAUGGAGAUGAAGAUAUGGUCGAAGUGGUAGUGGAAAAAGACGAAAAAAGUGACACUUUGGUGGACGUGGAAUCGACUUCGAAAGGGACUGGCGACGACGACAUGGUACUGAAAAAGAAGAAAAGAAAGUUGGGAGGAACGGAUAAGAUUCGUGAAAAGAAGAGGUUAGCUGCUGAGCAGGACCGGAAAGAAGCGAUUCUGAAUCAGAGAGAAGUCAUCGCGUUCGGUGAACGCUACGAUGCACCGCCAGAGUUCAAAGGUGCGAUGAAGAAAGAAAUGAAUCCGCUUAUGGCAAAGGCCGGUGCUAAAAAAUUGCUUCUACAUUCGCUCCUUCAACAGGGCUCAAACAGCUCGAAAACGAAGUAUUUGGAGGACGAUAAACGAGAAAAGCCAGGAGAACUGGACCGCCAACGAGUGAUUGAAGCAUAUCGAGAAAUGAAACGAAAAAGAAGAAUUACAGCUGCAUAA